AUGGGUGUGUCUGGUGAAUCUGAGACGGUGAUAGUGAUGGAGGGAGAUUCUGUCACUCUAAACUCUGACCUCACCGAAAUAGUGAACAAAGAUACGAUACUGUGGAUGUUUGGACCUAAAGACUCUCUCAUAGCUCAAAUAGGGAGAACGGACGAUUUGACCAAAUUUUUAGUCCCCAAUGUUGUGGCAUUCAGAGGCAGAGUACAAGUGAACAAAGAUACUGGAUCUCUGACCAUCAGAAACACCAGAAUCAGACACUCGGGACAAUAUAAACUCACCAUCUCUAGAGAACAGACAACGGAUCAAGAUAUUCAAUUUGUGGAUGGAUUUGGAGAUAAAGGCAUCCUCCUGGCUAAAAUCGAUUUAGAAACAAAAAAUACUUCAUUGAAUGAAGAUGAUGAGAGAUUCAAAGACAGUCUUGAGCUGGAUAAUCAGACUGGAUCUCUGACCAUCACAAACACCAGAACUGAACAUGCUGGACUGUAUGAAGUACAGAUGAGAGGCAGCGAGAGCUCACAGCGAUUCCUUCUCUCUGUCAACGCUGUUACAGAUCCAGGUCUUUCUCCGGGUGUUAUAACAGGGAUAUGUGUUGUUGGUGUUGUUGUUGUUCUGCUUCUGGUUGCAGUUGUGAUUUACUAUCAACAAAGAAUCUCCAAAUUACAGCAAGUUGCUGAAGUGUAUGAAGAGGUGAAAAUAUCAGCGAUGGAGGGAGAAUCUCCAACUCUACACACUGGUCUUACUGAACCACAUGAUGAAAACAUACAGUGGUGGUAUGAAGAUGAAACCAAUCUCAUCGCUGAAGUAAGUGAAGAGAGGAGUAGGACACAUGAUGGAGCUGAUGGGAGAUUCAGAAGCAAACUGAGGCUUUAUGAUUCUGGAAAUCUCACCAUCAGUAACAUAAGGAAC